AUGUACUUGUCUACCUUGUGGCUCUUACUCGCUUUCUUACUCGGUCUCAUUCCCAACUCCAAGGCUCGAAGAGCAAGUAAAGGAUAUGACUCAAGCUUCGUUUACUUAUCAGCCAGGAAUAUAGACACGGGCAAGGAGGUUGAAGUGUGCGCAAAUUAUCUCCAAUAUAGACUGAAACGAAUCGCUCCAAAUGCUGAGAGCGCGAAUCCUGUCGGACUCUCUUUUUGGAGAAACCGCUUCAAUGAAACUAGGAUAUGUCCACUUCCGUCUGACUCAGAAAGGUCGUUGCGAUACAAUGGGACCGCAGUGCCACUUUUGUACCGUAUUGAAGACGAUGGAACACCGUGUACACGAAGAUUCACAGAAGGUGGUUCCUCCUUCAAAAACGCGACACAGUUCCAGGUAGAUCAGUUGAAGUUGUAUGGCGCUGCUAACGCUAUCCUUUUGGUAGAAAAAGGGAAACCGUUCAUUACAAGAUGGCACGACUAUCUGUUCUCCGAUUUCUACGAUCCAUACGUUAAUGCAUCAGAUGCCAUCGAAACUUUUUUCUUGUACGCUCAUGUCUUUCAGACCAAGAUCUUGAGUCUAGCCGAAUAUUCUAAUAUUUCUCGGCUUCAACUGAAGUUUCACAGACCACCUCCUUAUCCUAUUGAUCUGUCAAUGAUAGUGAUGUGGCUUCUUGCAGUUGGAUGUGUAACUGGAGGAGGUGUCUGGGCAUUUGUCCGCCACAGAGUUGGUAAGGACAAAGUGACUGCUGUGACAACUUCAUCAUCGUGCUCUCCUCAGCCUUCCUCAGAGGACUCAAAUACCGAUAGACGGAAAAAAUGCAUAGCAUUUUAUUCAAAUUUCCUCGCUAUUGCUAUUCUUAUGGUUAUACUAGUUGGAAUCUUAAUGAUUGGUUUCUUCUUCCGGCCUAUCCUUGUUGCGUUCUUUAACGUUAUGUUAGUCGCCUUUGGCUCGAUUAGCGUGUAUGGAUGCGCAAUGGCUCUCCUCUCUAAUUGCAGUAUAAGUGAAUGCUGUUCAAAACGACUGUGCACAGGAAUUCAGCUCCGAUGGUUCCCUCAAGGAAGACCGAAUAUUUUGCAACUGAUCACAUUCACUUUAUCUUUCACACUCUGUUUGACAUGGUUUUUAUAUCGACGUUCACCUUAUGCAUUUGUUCUUCUAGACUUCAUCAAUAUCACUCUGUGUCUUCAUAUACUGAAGUCUCUGCGGUUACCUAAUGUGAUGUGGAUCACGGUGCUAAUGGUCUGUAUGUUCAUUUACGAUGCAGUGAUGGUCUUUGUCACGCCGUAUCUAACAAGCAGUGGUUGUUCUGUAAUGUUAGAAGUGGCAACAGGUAUCGGAUGCUCAUCAGAUGGAAACGAUGGAUAUCCAAUACCGCCAAUCGACGCAGCUCUGCCAGAAAAAUUCCCUAUGCUGAUGCAAGUGCCGCGCUUCGAUCCAAUGAUAUCAUGCGUCGAUUUGACAAUCGAGAAAACUUUCCAGAUGACGAUAUUGGGGCUUGGAGAUAUUAUUAUACCAGGAUAUCUGGUCACACACUGUUUCACUAUGAGCGGCUUCAGUGAGCGGUCUCGCAUAACAUAUGGCGUUUUGUGUUCGUUAGGAUACGGUGUAGGCCUUAUUGUGACUUUCAUCGCAUUGUCCCUCAUGAGCAUGGCUCAGCCAGCACUUAUAUAUCUAGUGCCAUGUACACUUUUUCCAAUAUUUGUGAUGGCUUAUAUAAAAGGUCAUUUUCGACUCAUGUGGCACGGAACGGAUGAUUUAACUGACUCAACCGCCAGUCUGCGGCCCAAUUCUGGCGAAGAAGCGGGGCAUGACGAUGAAAGUUCAACCGAAGAAUCGGAGGCGUUCCGUCAAGCAUAA